UUGUCAAUGACAAGGGCCUCUUCAGGCUCCCGCCGUUUAAUACAUCUCCUCAAGAGCUCUGUCUGUGUCUGUGUCUCUGUGUGUGUGUGUGUGUGUGUGUGUGGAGGGAGGAGGGAGGUGGGAAUCAGAGCCCCACAUUCAUUUAAACUGCUGCCUAUUCCUUUAAAAAUCACACUUUUUUAAAAAAAAGUCAAGUCAAAACACAACAACAACAAAAAAAAAUACCGCAGGCGAGAACCGAUUCAUUUUGCUUUCAGGAUACAGACGAGUGGCCGGCCCCGUUUUGGCUAUCCAUGAGCACUGAUUUCCAGCAGUACAGCUUCAGGAUGCCAAACAUAGGGUUCCAGAACCUUCCGCUCAAUAUCUACAUUGUGGUUUUCGGGACAGCAAUCUUUGUCUUCAUCCUGAGUUUACUGUUCUGCUGUUACUUAAUCAGGUUACGACAUCAAGCACACAAGGAGCUUUAUGCAUAUAAACAGGUCAUACUGAAAGAGAAAGUAAAAGAACUCAAUUUGCAUGAGAUUUGUGCAGUCUGCUUGGAAGAAUUCAAGCCAAAGGAUGAGCUCGGGAUCUGCCCGUGUAAACAUGCGUUUCACAGAAAGUGUCUGAUCAAGUGGCUGGAAGUGAGGAAGGUUUGUCCACUCUGCAAUACGCCUGUCCUCCAAAGUAACCAAGAACAGGGAGCCAUGAACGGAACGGACAACCUAGUGUAGCACACGCUGCUCGAAUUUCAACUCAAAAAGAGAGGAUUUCCUUUUUUGUAUCAUUAUUAUUUUUGUUUAUUUUUUGUUUCAUUUUUCCGUGUGUGUAAUGGAGCCGAUCCACAAGAUGGUGCACCUGCUAACCCGUACCUGAGUGCGUUGUUAACGCCAGAAUCUGAUGGGUGGGCAUCCUAUGGCGCACAGUGAGUCACCGUGUGCAGACAGAAGAGUCCCGAACGUCUGAGCACUUUUUUGUCGCUGGAUCUACCAAGAGUCGCUGCUGGACCUACCAUUAUAAUGCAGCAGUCAAGCUGACUUGGGUUAUACACAAAGGAGCACUUUACAAUCACUCAUUCUCCUCCCUCUUCGAACUGUCGCAGGUACAAAAAAUCAAAAUGGUUGGUGUGUAUUUUAUGGGUUUCUUUUUUGAAGUUCCAUCAAGUUGAGUGCUCGGGUAGUGAAAAGGGCUCUGCCAUUUUAAGGGAUAAGAUGACAAAGGGAAUGGACUUGGGCCUCUUCAAGGCAGAAGCCUUAACCAUGCUCGUAACACUAUGCUAAGCACCCAACCCCAAGACAGGACUUCUCAAAGACCCAGGCUUAAAACUGAAAUCUGAGCUGUGAAAUCACCCAAAAAAAAGUGCGUGUGUCCAAAGCUCUCACCCCUACUUCAGAUUCGGGUCUGAGAUUCCAAUGUGAGAAACGAUCUUCAGACCGGCCCACCAC